GAGAGAGAGAGAGAGAGAGGGAGAGAGAGGAAAGAAAAAGCAGGUUAUUUAUAACGCCAGGCAGCAUUAGGGUCUCUUCAGUCUCUCCUGCAAACUGGCUGCUGCUGGGAGGUCACUCCCCAAAAAAAAACCUGCCGAGCCCGUGACCUGCAAGCACAAUAUUUGAUCUGGGAUCUAGGGCGGGCACCAGCCUUUGCAAAUCGGGAGACACACUCACAUGCUGCUUGACACACGGGAGCUCCCGGCGAAGAGCAGCGAGGCUUUGGAAAGGAGGCUCUUAGCUUGGUCCCUCCAGCAUCAGCACCAUGCAUUGGGCCACCAUCCUGAUCAUCGCUGGGCUCUGCGGAGCCUCCCUGGGCCAGUACAAUGAAGAAGAAGACAUGGCUUGGUUACAGUACUACAUGCGACAGUCCCGUAUGUCCUCCUAUAACUACAUGCCCUACUACGAGGACGAGAACACCCCUUACGUGUACUCUUACCUCCCAGCUCCGGACACGGAGGCAGAGCCCGGCCCUGAACCUCAGCAAGCCCCUUCCUGGCAAUGUCCCCAAGAGUGUGAUUGCCCCCCUAACUUCUCAUCAGCCAUGUACUGUGACACCCGCAACCUGAGGUACCUGCCCUUCGUGCCUUCCCGGAUGAAAUAUGUCUACUUCCAGAACAACCAGAUCACCGCCAUCCAAGAAGGGGCUUUCGACAAUGCCACAGAGCUGGAGUGGCUCGCACUGCACAACAACCAGAUCACCAGUGAGAAGAUGGGCAAGAGGGUCUUUGCCAAGCUCAACAGCCUGGAGAGGUUGUACAUGAACAACAACAACCUAACCAAGAUGCCCAGCCCCUUGCCCCGGUCCCUGAGAGAGCUCCAUUUGUCUUACAAUCAGAUCUCCAAGGUCCCCUCCAAUGCUCUGGAGGGUCUCGAGAACCUCACAGCCCUGUACCUCAGCCACAACUACAUUUUUGAGAUGGGAGCAUCCCUCAAAGGGCUCAAGUCCUUGAUCCUUGCUGAUCUGAGCUACAACCACCUCAGGAAAGUCCCUGAUGGACUCCCAAUGGCUUUGGAACAACUCUACCUAGAGUACAACUACAUCAACACCAUCCCUGAUGACUAUUUCAAGGUCUCUCCCAAGCUGCUCUAUGUACGGAUGUCCCACAACAGCCUGACAAAUCAAGGGCUCUCUACCAACACUUUCAACAGCAGCAGCAUCCUCGAGCUGGACCUCUCUUACAACAGGCUCCAGAAGAUCCCCCGGGUCAGCACCAACCUUGAGAACCUCUACCUUCAAGGGAACCAAAUCAACGAGUUCUCCAUCAGCAGCUUCUGCACCGUGGUGGAUGUCAUGAACUACUCCAGGCUCCAGGUCCUGCGACUCGAUGGGAAUGAGAUCAAGCGAAACGCGGUGCCCCCCGACGCCCCGCUGUGCCUGCGACGUGCCACCAUCAUCGAGAUCUAGCCCGGCCUCCCCCCGGCCCCUUCCCCAUCCUCAGGACUUGGCUCCCCUGUUCCUGGGGAGACACUCAUUCCCAUUUUAAUGCAGCUUGACAGUUUGACUUGGCUUCGCAAUAGUGCAAUAAGGGUACUCCAACACCAGCCCACGCGGGUGGGAAAGAGCCAUUUGUCCCCAAACGCUCCCACUUGCCGGCUCUCCGGCCACGCAGGGUGGGACAGGUCCCAGCACCGUUCCCCCUCUGACCCCACCGCAGCCACCCCCCAAAGCGCUGCACCCCCAUUGACCUUCUCCCCUGGUCCAGGUGGGACGCAGCAGAGAUGGGAGAGAGCUCAUCCCACCUCCCAGACGUGGCACUGAGCAUCCGACCCCAGCGAGGAACGGUUCAGGUGAGGGUCCUGCACAACCAGCAGAUUUAAAGUGACUCACCCUGGGCCAGGUGCCAUCAGUCACAGGGAGGAGCAUCCGGGAGGUUGGGAGCUGCACGAGUAAAGGGUUAAAGAUUUCUUGGCUGCCAACAUCCCUCAGUGUAGGAUGGGGAAGAGCAAAUCCACUCUUCCCCCUCUGUUUUUUUGUUUUUUCCCCCCUUCCAUCAGCCUCUUGCUCCAGAGAUAAAGGAGAGAAACCUUUCCUGCUGCUGCCAAGGGGCUGUCGGCUCCUGAGGUUGGAGAGAAACACCCUGAGAAACAGCCUGGUUGUGGCCAUACCUUGGGGGGAGACUCACAUCUUCCUCCCAGACCAAUGGUUGAGGGCAGGACCAGGGGUGAGCCAUGGAGCAAUUCCCGGUGCUCUCACCCCCGGCUCCCCGGGGAGCCCCCACACCCAGCUCCAUCCCACCCACCGGCUUGGCUCCGAGCUCCCUCCCUGCCCAGCAACCGGGGUCUCCCAAUUAAAAAAAAAAAAAAACAACAAUAAUAAUAAUAAAUCGCAGUGACACAUGCAUCCGCAGCACAUUUGAAUUCGCCAAAAGCCAAAAAGACCCGACUUGGUUCCUUGGACAGUUUAGUUUGAGAACCAAUGGGGCAGCUGAGCUUUGGAGAUGACCUGCAAAGCUGAAGAGGUCAUCCGGACCCUCCGCAUUUAAACUGCAUGCUAACACUAUAGAAACAAAAACCCAAAAAAACCUGUACUAUCACUGACGCAUGAACUGUAGAUAUCAUACCGACGAAUAAAGCCCUUUCUGU